UUGUAACAGAAUGAUUAUAGUAGUCGUAACAUUGGUAUUAAUACAAAUCUCACACUGCAACAUAUCCCUCUAUCUGCUCAACUUGGACACAGGGAAAGCAUUAACGUCAGGAGGAUCAAAAGUGCAAUUUAGUGAUGUUGAUUUUGGGAGUCCUAACCAACUCUGGCAGUUCACUUCAGACGGGAGUCUGAUCGUGUCACAAGAUGACAACUAUCUGGGCUUCGACCACGUGACCAAAGACCUGGAACUGAAACAAACCUCAGAUGUGACAUGGUCCUGGGUGGAUAUGAAGAUACAAGCCACUGAUCAGAGUCCAGCUCAGCUGGUUUGUCUCGGGCCUAACGCUAAUCAGGUGGUUUCAUGUGACAAAGGAGCAAACAUCACACUCCAAGUUCAUGAGGUAGAACUCUACAAUUUGGUCAAAGAUAUUAGAUCCUCUAUAGAUAACGCUACCAACGAGUUAAAGAGCAAUUUGACGAGUGUUCAACAAAAAACAAGUGCAAUAGAAAAGAAGAUAAACGAAACUCAGGGGCACCUGGACCAAUGGGACAAAGACCUGCCAAAACAUAUAGAGGACUUUGAGGAACAUUCUAAAGUUGUGUCAGACAACAUUACUCUCACUAAAGGCCAUCUGGAGGAGGCCAUGGACCUAGUUAAAGACGACAUAAAGACACUGAGCGUCUCAGUCGAGAACAUAACCAACCACCUCAACUCAACUAAAGUCAACUUUACAGCACUUAACACAGCGCUGAUCACCUACAAAAACAACACCAACACGACCAUCAACCAAGAAAUGGAGAGGGUUCAGGAGGAACUGAAAACUAAAUCUGCUAACGGUCACAUCAUCCCGGACAACGUGUAUGAGUUCAGUGUUUUGUUCUUACUUGCGCUGGGCAUUGUUAAUGUUAUGGACAUUGGACGUAGACUCAUUAUCUAUUCCAUCAAUCAGAGAGCCCCUGACAAAUACGGCACUGAGUAAGGUUUGAACUACCAUAAACUUC